AUGACGGAUGAAUGUGGAUAUUUACUGGAUGAUCUUGAUUCGAUGACAAGGCAGUGCGGCGACGUGUACAGAUAUCGUCAUCAGUAUUCUAAUGGACAAUACACGUUUAGAGUCUGCCGACUCAUCCUUGAUCUUCCGGAAUAUUGUACAACUAUAAUAUCUCAGAUUAUGAUUGACGUCGAACCAUAUUUGGGAACUUACAUUUUAACAGAUGGAACUCUUUUUAUAGCAUUUGUUUCUGAAAGUACGGUUGAAAUACCAGUUUAUUACAUUAAGAUAUCAUACCAAAAUGGCAACGGACAAACGAAUUUCGAGAAGAACUUAACUGAUAUUCACAUUUUUAAUGAUAAAUGUUUUUUGGUUUCAAUUUCGUUUCUUCCUGAUAAUUCUACAGAUCAUAUACAACUUCCAAGUGUCCCAUGCGGUAAAAAUAAUAGAGUAACUUGCCUUAAUACUUUAAACAGAGUUUUUUACUAUGAUUGUAACCUCCGAAUUAAUUGCGUUGAGAAGUACGCCUACUGGAAACAAAACAGCAACCAGAAAAGAAAUCUCAAAUGUGGGGUUACCUCCAUAAAUAGUUUACUUGAUUCACUUUAUGAACCAUGUCUUACGGACAAUUUAUUACAAGCAUAUAUAUUUUCUCAUGAGAAAAAACCGUUAAUGAAUAACUUUGGAUAA